AACUCAAGUACACAAUAUGUUCAAGCUGUAAAACAAAAAUAUUAUAGUAUUGAAAAUAUUAUGCAUCUGGGGCAACCUCAGCGUGAAGUGACAUCACCAAACGGAACCUGCUACAAUCUUAAUUUCAACUUCCUCUGUGAAUCAGGCGGCUGCCGCAUACAUCACCAGGAAUGUUGGCAAAAACGCUGGACUAAAUAUUCAGAAAAAUACGUAUUAUUCAGCACUCCAUUGUGCUAUGUAGUGAGAUCAUUACAAGAUGACGAGGGCUAUGAAUCUUGUGAAUUCUGGUUGAGUGAAGACUGGUUGAAGAAAAAUGUGACGAUUCCUCAAGUCGUUACAAUCCUAGAAAAAGAAGACAGCGAUGAAAUCGAGAAAAGUGAGGAAAGAGAGGAAAGCUAUGAAAGAAAGGAAAGCGUACAAUGCGAGGAGGAGCCUCGCACUGCGAAUAAAACUACAUAUUUGUACGAUUCAUUAUUUAAGGAACUUCCGUCCAGCUGUCGAUACGCCUUUCUACUCAACUGCGGAUAUCCGAAAUACCGAAUUUAUGACAAGAAAGACUGCGACAAGAUAAAUGAAACAGAAAAUGCUGAAUCACGCGACGCUAGCGGAAGCAAUUAGCAGAAUCAUUUCUGCAAAUACGCUUGCCGUCUCUGUAUCGGAUUCGGACCUCGUGCUCCAACCAUCGACAUCGUGUCUUUCGAGGUUGUUUUUGGUUGCUCCCCGAAUGUGAACCAGUAUAUAGUAUCUAAGACAGUCAUUUAAACACUGCGGAUGAUUUAGUACAAGUGCAAUAAGCAGCAGCACUUCGUGCCGUGUGACAUCUACAGAAGAAAUCUUACGUCCGCAGUGCGUGGAAGGAAAAAAAAAAACUAGUUAUGAAAAAGCAAACUUUAGCGACUAGUACCAAAGAUAGACUUGGUGUUGGUUUUAUAGUAAUAAAAUUGUGUGAAAACCU